AUGGUCUUUUCUGUCCCGAUCCUCACUGGAACCAACUUCUCAGAAUGGAAAGAAAAAGUUGAGUUCACAUUAGGUGUUCUAGAUUUGGACUUGGCACUUCGUGAAGAAGAGCCUACCCAACUGACUAAUGAUAGUACUGAGGAAGAAAAGGCUUUCCAUAAAGCGUGGAAGAAAGAUAACAGAUUGAGCAUCAUGUUAUUAAGGAUGACAAUAGCUAGCGACAUAAAAACUACCCUUCGAGUUGUAGAGAAAGCUAAGGCUUAUCUAGCAGCUAUAGAAAAACGGUUUAAGACUGCAGACAAAUCCCUUGCUGAGAAACUUGUGGCAGAUCUUACAACCAUGAAACAUGAUGGCACAAGGUCUAUGCAUGAACAUUGCAUUGUAAUGACAAAUCUUUCGGCUAAGCUAAAGGGUUUAUGA